CUACAGUACACAGCAUCAUAGACAUAUUGACGUCAACGAUUGAAAAUAAAAACUGAAAAGCCAGCACUUGCGAAUGGACCUACGCCAUCGCAUUUAUACGUGAAAAGAUCACGCGACAGCGAGAGGUGUCGCGUGCUCUAGAGGUUGGUCAAUGCGCGAAAACCCGAACACAUAAGAAACCAACAUGGGCUGGUUCACCUCCUCCGCCUCUUCCACCUCUUCCCAAGCAUCAACGCAGCCGAAUGCACCGAAUCGCCAAGAAAGAAGAGCCUGCUGGACCUCCCGAGAUGCGUACUUUAACUGCCUGACGUCCCACGACAUCACCGUCCCGCCGGGGACGGACAUGUCCAACGGUCGCGGCCUGGUCGGCAAGGCUGCUGCUGAAGAGCAGAAGAGGCUCGAGAGAGAGAAAGGCGAGAGUCAAGAGAAGGCUCUCCGAGAGGACCCGUGCGUCAGGGAGAGAGGGGUGUAUGAAGAGCAUUGCGCCAGGAGCUGGAUCGAUUACUUUAACAAACGCCGAGUUCUAGAAGAGCGACAGAAGCUCAUGUAUGCUCAAGCAGAAGAAGGCAACGCGGCGCGAGCCCCUUCAUCCUCACGGUAGACUGCAUUGUGAGCGCUUGGGCAGCGGCCAGCCAGAAAGCCAUCGCAAGCGUUGGAAGCGAUCUCCUCGGAAAACUUUUUUGUAUCAUAUCUCAUUGACGAAGAGACAAAUUCUAACGC